UACAAUCUAGGUAAAAGAUGGGCAUUGUUGUUCUUCAUCACAAUGUUAACUGUAACGGCGGUCAUGAAUCCUAGCACAAUCAUCGGAGUGAAACGAAAUGGCAAACAUGGGUCUGGCGAACCAACACGGGUAUCAAUUAACCGUGUCUCUAAUGAAUCAAGAGUUCGACGUGAUGGUGCUAGGGUCAAAUCGAGGCCCCGAUGUCUUCCGGCUUGGGGCGCGCGCCUAAGGGAAUAGCAAUUUGCUCACUCCUACGGGCAUCGUUGCGAACGCUGGGAUUAUUCCGUGUUGUGGAGGCAUGCUUCCGAGCUCGGAGGAGGGUGGGACUACUGGUAGUAGAGAGCACAAAACCUACUUAGAAUGGCGCGGCGGACAACUUUGGAAACGCUGAGACCAGUUCGAGCCAAGUUCGAAUUGCUGAACGCCACGCAUCAUAGAAGCUCCGAGUCGAAUGGAAUGAAAUAUUGCAGUAUUCGAAACGCCACCUGAAAUGCCAGCACUGGCUGUCCCUC